AUGACUGCGGAAGUAGAACCCACACUGUGGUGUGGAUACAUCAUCAUCAUCAACAAGCUAGAGCGCUCGAGCAAAGCCUUGUCAUACUUCGCCAGUAGUAGAGUUUGUCCUCAAGUCUUAGGCACUGACGGCUAUGAUAGAAUUGCUUUGUCCAAUACAGAACACUCGAGUCAGAUGUAUAGAAGUGAAAACUUCGCUUUCAAAGAAAAGAUUCAGUUUGGAAUCGUGUUAACCAGAGUUAUUGUCGUUAUCAUAACACACAUUAUUGCUAGCAUCGCUGCAGGGCUCUCCAGUUUAGACUUGCGCUUCUGUGCACUACCGGUAGAUGGCUCUGAGCCAAAGAAAAUACAGGAAAAUGAUGGGAUCAAACCAGGGAGUGCACGAAAUAGUACAAGACAGACAAUGCAACUACCUGAGGCACGUAUUCACGUGCAGGAGGCUCCUGGCACUGGCGAGGAACUUACAGUCGUCACCUUACCUGUGCAAGAAGGGUUUGUUUAUGCCGUUCCAGAGGAUCAAUACGUCAUUCGACGUUUAGAAGGGACAUAUGUGGCGCCCUCUACAAAUCCUUAUUUGGCAUCGUUUUUUCCAAGUUACACAAAAAUCAACGUGGAGUGAGGUUGUGUUCGUUAAAGAUACAAAGUAGGAAACCUUACAAGUGUUUUUGACUCUUUUUUUCGUAAUAGAUAAAAACUUAGAAAAACAUGGCAACUUUAUACAAUUCUGGAACACAGUAUUUGAAACUGUAAAAAAGCGAAAAUUCACGAGCAUAAUAACUCAAAAUAUUAGAAUUUUAGCUUCAUUAUGUCGAUUGUCUUAUCAUUAGCAGUAUUUACUAAAACUUAAAACACCACAACAUUAGUACAUGUGUAUUACUUCUUAUAUUGAAGAGUAAAACGUAACGAACUGUUGUGUUACACAGUAAAAAAA